CAUAAUAUGUUCAAGAAUAAAUCCGAUAUCGUAUGUAUUUCCACAAAUGCUCUAGGCUUUACUUUGCAAUGAAACGAAGAUUUUGAAUUAUUGGUGUUAUAUAUUUAAUAAUUACAAUAAAAGAAUCCAUAUGUUAUUUGUGAAAACAAGAGAUAAAGAAACUACCUACCUUGGAGUGCUGGUGACAUAAGUGUAGACUCAGAGUAUUGCGUAUCAUGUAAUUUCUGUGGUUUAUUUUGUGGCUGUUGCUUCUAUUCUUAACUGGACGACACAUCGUAAGUCUUAAUAUGGACUAACUGUAUUCAACAAUGAGUUGGCUGCGAACCACAUCAAUGACGUUAGCAAGGCAGUUAUCCCGGUCCCUGGACCCUCGGCACGAUUACGAGCCCCAGGCCUGUUACAAUUCAUUCUGCAAACAUUGGCAACAGGCUCUCGAUAUUAUUGUUAAAUCACAGCCGCAACACCUACACGACGAUGUAUUGGGGGUGGUAAAUCACCUAGAGCAGUUGGCAACACUAUUGGUGCUUGAGGCAAGAGCAAGGGAGAUCAACCAGGCUAACUCCUCGUCAUGUUUGGAAUACUUGUUGAGUGAAAACUUGUUGGAUAAGUUGUACGAAUGGGCUAUAUGUACGGGGAAGUACGAGAAUGCCGUGAGAUUGGAACAAUUGAGGUUAUUUGGACAUCUUAUCAGUCAUUAUAGUACACAGGUGAUAGCAGCGGAACCAUUCUUACGGCCGUUAUUAAAGUUACUGAGUAGCUUUCGAAACCAAUUGCCUCCGCCUAACGUCGAGUCUCAACUAGUGUCAGUGCUCAACCAACUAUGUGUGACGUUGAUGCAGAAUAUCAAAUUCAUAGAUCUGUUCUUUUUGAUGACGCACACGCAGAAUGGAUCGAAACCCGAGUUCAUAAUAGGACGGCUCCUACUAUCGUCCGUGCACCGAGAGGGCCCGACGGGCGCCGCGGCUCGCGACGCGUUCCUGCUGUGCGCCAAGAUGUCCGCGCGCUGUUGCCAGCUCGCCGCCUGCCUGCGGGCCGGCAACGCCUGCCCCAUACUCGCCACCGGUCUAAGCGGUCUAUAUUCCCUUCUCCCUCGCACGCUCGGCGACAAUAUUCACCGUCUCACUCCUGAUGACGUCAACAAAGUGCACAAGCUGACGCUGUUCAUUGAUUCGCUGGAAUUCUGUAAUGCGGUCGCACAGGUCGCAGACCCAUCCAUUAAAACGCAACUCCUAGAUUUGCUUUACCAAGGUUUCCUCGUACCGGUAAUGGGUCCCGCUCUUUUACAGACGAAAGACCGCUCAUUGCAGGCGGGCGGCGCGGAGCAAACGGCUGCUACUGCUUACUUCGAGCUCGUGUUGAGGUGUAUCACCACGGGGGGACUGUUACGUGUGGUCCUGCAUUUCCUGUUUACGUGUGAAUAUGAUGGGGUCAAGGUCAUUGAUGUUCUGCUGGCAAGAUUGGAAGGCAGUUCCCAGCUGUCCCUAGUAACCCUAUCGCUCAUGGAGACCCUCAUCGACCUGAACUGCGAGGACGUGAUGAUCGAGUUAAUAUUCAAGUACCUCCUCAAUGGCCACCACUUAAUAUCACACAAGCACAAACUAGCCGACCCGGAGAACUUUCGAGAAGCGGCCAUAGCGUUUCUAGACUUGCAACCCAAGUGUUGUGAAAGACCAUUGGCUUGUACAAGACAGUGGGUUGAUGAUAUGGCUUUAAGUGGGAAAAGGGUGCUCGAUUUGAGGCCUGGUGAAGAGAGCAGAGUUAACGGCAUGCACGGGGAUAUCGCGAUGAACAAUCUAGUCCAGGAAGUCUGCUUUGAUUAUGGGAACCCAAACGAAACUCUAAUAGGCAAUUACCACGCGUACCUCAGCGACAGUCGCGUAGAAAUAGUCACACGAACGAUCGCCUGCUCCAACUGGACGUCCAAAUAUGUCACCAUAGCGAAACGGGAACCGAACAAUAACACAAAGGACAAAGAAAUAGAAAUAACACCGACAGAGGAUAGCCUAGUGUCUAUAUGUACUAGCGGUUACGAAACUUUUAAGACCAGUGAUACGUCAGAAAAGGAGCAUAGUCUCAACUCCCUUGUGGAGGAAAAGGAAGAGGAAAAAGAAAUAGGCCUAGAAAAGGAGGAAGGAAUUAAAGAACAUGAUAGUCUUACUUCUUUUGGGGAAAGCAGUGGUUAUGAUAGCUUCAAGUAUAGAGAGGAGUGCGAGGGAUUUGCGGAGGAUUCGUUCAGGAAAAGCUUCGACAAGGGGGGAGAUGAUGGGAGCGAUUGUGAGGUGCCGGUUAGGAGUUGGAGGAUCAAUGUGGAAACUAUUAUUGGUCCCUUACUAGCUCAACUGCUAAAGAAAGUAUCGCUUCUACUGGAAUCAGACGUAGCGACAAACUGUCGAGUGACGAGCGUGAUAUACAAGCUGUGUUCGUUCCCAGCUCCACUGCUGGUAUCGCUUUUACUGUGCCCCGCCUUUAUCCUGCCCAAUCUGCCUACUUUAUAUCAGAUCCUCAAUAAACUUCGGGAAGAAAUAGAUGAACUAUUGGAAGGAAUGGACAAUAUCCCCGAGCUAGUGGACAUGGCCCGCGUGUUCCUCAUACAGCGAGAGAUGGCGCUAGUGCGGCGGGCGCUUAGCAACGACGACAAUAAAGCGCAAAAAGCACAAACGGACACGUUCCAAAGAACGGAGUCGAAGCGCCGAAGUCUCUCGUCCAGUUUUUCAAACAUGUUUGGUAGAAAAGUACCACCAUCCCCACCACAAGUCAGUAUGAACUACACGCCCCUCCACACGCAAAAGCGACCAGCAUUCACACAAGAGUCAUAUUGGAAUCAAUCGAUCAAACUCCGCGCCAUACUAAACGCAGUGAUACUCGACGAGUGGCUCAAGGAAUUAUCGUCCUUAUGUCAAGAGCAGGCUCUCAGACUGUCUGCGGAGUACUAUGAAGAUGAAAGCUUUAUACGAACAUUGGCUUUAUGACUAAAGGUCAAAGCCUCGCAGGGCAAAGUCAAAAAGAAAGUUGUUUUCUUCGAACCGUCCGUUGAUACGUCGGUGUAAUGCGAGGUUU